CUCCUUCCAGGAGUGGGAGUGUGCACGUCGUAUGCCUGUGCACGUGUGUGUGUGUGUGUGCGCACGCACACGCGAGUGUACUGGGGGCAGGGAAAGGGAGAGAGUCCUGCAGAGGAUGGGGUGGCAGUUAGGAGAAAAGGGGACCGGGACCUUCCGUGCCAGUGGGGCUCAGAGCUUUCUCAGCAGCUAAUGGCACUCGGGGCUGUUUAAUCAUUAAAGGGCAGGAACGCAGCCAGGAGCGCCUCAAAGUCCAGCCCAGCCGGUGGUGAGUGACUCUAACAGAGCAGCAUGGAGCCCGCGACAAUGGGGCCCGGAGCUCCCGGAAAUGGGGUCAGGCCAGCGACAGCUCCACGCGCGGUCCUGGGCUCGGGAGUCAGCCUGCACGCCUCGGACAUCGGGGUCCUGGUUGUCUACUUCGUCUUUGUCAUCGGCGUGGGGGUCUGGUCAUCCGUCCGAGCCAGCAGGGGCACCAUCGGCGGCUAUUUCCUGGCGGGGAGGUCCAUGAGCUGGUGGCCGAUUGGAGCGUCUCUGAUGUCCAGCAACGUGGGCAGCGGCUUGUUCAUCGGUCUGGCCGGGACAGGAGCGGCUGGAGGUCUUGCUGUGGGGGGCUUUGAAUGGAACGCAACCUGGCUGCUUCUGGCCCUGGGCUGGAUCUUCGUCCCCGUGUACAUCGCUGCCGGCGUGGUCACAAUGCCACAGUACCUGAAGAAGCGAUUCGGGGGCCAGAGGAUCCAGGUGUACAUGUCUGUCCUGUCUCUGAUUCUCUACAUCUUCACCAAGAUUUCCACUGACAUCUUCUCUGGAGCUCUCUUCGUCCAGAUGGCCUUGGGCUGGAAUCUUUAUCUCUCCACGGUGGUGCUGCUGGUGGUGACGGCUGUCUAUACCAUCGCCGGGGGCCUCACUGCCGUGAUCUACACAGAUGCCCUGCAGACGGUGAUCAUGGUGGGCGGCGCCCUGGUCCUCAUGUUUCUGGGCUUUCAGGAGGUAGGCUGGUACCCAGGCCUGGAGCAGCGGUACAGACAGGCCAUCCCUAAUGCCACGGUCCCCAAUACCACCUGCCAUCUGCCCCGGGCGGACGCCUUCCACAUGCUCCGGGACCCUGUGAACGGGGACAUUCCUUGGCCAGGCCUCAUCUUCGGGCUCACGGUGCUGGCCACCUGGUGCUGGUGCACGGACCAGGUCAUCGUGCAGAGGUCUCUCUCUGCCAAGAAUCUGUCCCAUGCCAAGGGAGGCUCUGUGCUGGGGGGCUACCUGAAGAUCCUGCCCAUGUUCUUCAUCGUCAUGCCCGGCAUGAUCAGCCGGGCCUUGUACCCAGACGAGGUGGGCUGUGUAGACCCUGACGUCUGCCAGAGAAUCUGCGGGGCCCGAGUGGGCUGUUCCAACAUCGCCUACCCCAAGCUGGUCAUCGCCCUUAUGCCCGUUGGUCUGCGGGGCCUGAUGAUCGCCGUGAUCCUGGCCGCCCUCAUGAGCUCACUCACCUCCAUCUUCAACAGCAGCAGCACCUUGUUUGCCAUCGACGUGUGGCAGCGCCUCCGAAGGAAGGCUACAGAGCAGGAGCUGAUGGUGGUGGGCAGAGUGUUUGUGGUGUUCCUGGUUGUUGUCAGCAUCCUCUGGAUCCCCAUCAUCCAAAGCUCCAACAGCGGGCAGCUCUUUGACUACAUCCAGUCCGUCACCAGCUACCUGGCCCCGCCGAUCACCGCCCUCUUCCUGCUGGCCAUUUUCUGCAAGAGGGUCACAGAGCCGGGAGCCUUCUGGGGCCUCAUGUCCGGCCUGGUAGUGGGGCUGCUGCGCAUGAUCCUGGAGUUCUCGUACCCGGUGCCAGCCUGCGGGGAGGUGGACCGGAGGCCGGCCGUGCUGAAGGACCUCCACUACCUCUACUUCGCGCUCCUGCUCUGCGGGCUCACGGCCGUGGUCAUCGUGGCCGUCAGCCUGUGUACCGCCCCCAUCCCUGAGGAAAAGCUGGCUCGCCUGACAUGGUGGACCCGACACCAUCCCCACCCUGAGCUGGAGAAGGAGGUCCCCGAGGGAGCACCAGGGACCCCUGAGAUGCCAUCGGGGGUGCGUCCUGCAGGGGGGGAAGCGGCAGAGUGCUGCAGCCAGGCCCAGGAGCGGCAGGCAGGCCCGUGCAGGCGGUGUGGCAGGCUGCUGGGGGCCUGGCUCUGCGGGCUCCCCGGACACCCCGAGCCAGCACUGAGCCCCGAGGACGCGGCUGCGCGCAGCCAGGCACUGACCAGCAUCGCCGAGGAGCCGCUCUGGAGAAGCGUCUGCGACGUCCAGGCCAUCCUGCUGCUGGCCAUCAACGUCUUCCUGUGGGGCUACUUUGCGUGACUCUGCAGACCUGGCGGCAGUGGCAACAGCGGACGGGCCGAGCCCGCGGGAGCCCCGGCCUGGUGUGCACACGGCCCGGGGAGAAAGGGAGCCCGGAGAGGGCCGUGGGCUGCUCGGGCCCACACGGCAGGACUCACACGGGGGCUUCCGACUCCAGCUCUUUCUCCCGUGACGCUGCCCUACACCCCUACCUCAGAAACACUCUACCCUCUUGGUGCUUCUGUUCCAAAACUUUUAGGAUACCUGUGGUUUGAGGGUUAAAAAAGUGGAGGCUAUAAGAAGAGGGGUUGCAAGGACACUGCAAUGUCCAAGUGCACUUUGCUCCCCUGUACCCGCCCCCCGCCCCGUUCCCAACCCCUAGCCAUCACUUUGUAGUGGGCGCCAACCCAGGAGGGGCCUUUCCUUCCUCUGACACACCCCAGGGAGCGAGGGCCCAGAGGGGAAUGUGGUGCGGUGACAGGUGGUGUUUGGGGCAGGGACCUCUGCGGCAGGGGCUCUCGUGGCACCACUCAUUCUGCCUUUUGCCACCGUCACUUCCAAACAUGUGCAGAGUCUCUGUGGCCUCGAGGAGUUUCAAGUCCAGGAGAGCCCUGACUUGCUGGAGACCGUAGGCACUGGGGGGGCUGGCUCGGCUAGCCUGGGAGCCCCCCGUCCUCUCCCCCUGCCUGCCGGGCAUCGCCCUCCCCGGAAGGCAUGUGACCCCAGCUGCCUGAUGCCACAACUGGGUCAGGAUCCCACUCCUGCUCCCGCCCCUCUGGCCCUGCCUCCGUGGCAGCACUGCUCCCUGGGGCCUCCACGGGGCAAGGACCAAGCACAAGGGCCACAUCCCAAGUGACUGUACCCAGAGAGUACCAAUGCUCAGUAAAUGGUGCCUUAGUAAUUCUCUAAGGUCCUGGCACCUUUGCACGGCGGCAGGCUGGGCUGUGACGUGGGAGCCAGCUCCUUCGGCCGGGGCGCUCACACCAUGCCUCACAUGUCCAGAGAGACCACGGUCCCAUCCCAUUGCCAUAACUGACUACAAAUAAAAUUCUAGGCCUUUGAGGCUUAACACAGCUGAUUCUGUGAACACCUGCUGCUGCUGCCUCCACAUUUCUGUGUCCUCUGACCUGUGACCUCAUCUCGCCAGGUGUCAUCUCACCUGGCCACGCUUUCCUCACUUUUCCCCACUCACCUUCCCUGGGAAUUCAACUUUUCCCCCUCGUCUUCCCCCCAGACCAUUCCCUUGAAGCAUUUGUGUGCAACCAAAGGUACUGAAAGUUUGGGGAGGGAAAUAUUCUUAAACCACAGAAGCACAAUUUAAAGUUAAAUGUUGAGGGGAGCCCGGGUGACUCAGCGGUUUAGCGCUGCCUUCGGCCCAGGGCAGGAUCCUGGAGACCCGGGAUCGAGUCCCACAUCGGGCUCCCUGCAUGGAGCCUGCUUCUCCCUCCGCCUGUGUCUCUGUC